GUAAAAUCUUUCAACGCCCGAGGACACUCAUCUCAUCAGCACAAAAUUACCAGAAGAUAUGGUGACUACCGCAUCAUGUAAAUUCUUCACAGCAGCUGAAAUCGGCAGGUCAAUGCACAGACCAGAACAACUUUGAUCUCAUCGAAACCCCGUAACUAUACUUGAACUCAACCAAAGCGUUCUCUUCUGAAAGAAGCCCAGUCAAAAGAGGUAUCGCGAAAGGGCAGCCACAAUGUCCUCACACUCGAAUCAUCGACCGGGUGCCCAAUCCACCGGCGGCGGACAGCAUCAACCUCAACCCCCGACACUCCGACCCUCUCAGCAAAUUCCGGUUCUCACCAACGUGGCACCGAGCAUGUUUGUCCCUCUCAGAAAAGACGACGUCGAACCACCAUCCGAAGACGAUGAGCCAAGCCAACGGAUCGCACGCUUGAAGCGCAUUAUCGAGACCAUCGAUUACCACACCGCCGCCGUCAAGGAGAACUACAUAUGGAUGUUUGAACGGGAAAUGCGUCGGUUCUCUCUUGACGCGGCCGAGCGUGAGGAAGAGUUUAAGCUUCGCGAUCUGCACCCGCCUGGCCCAGCAGAGACGGAAAUCGACGCCGUGUUUGCCAGCAUGGAGAGGCCAGCUCCCGAGGGGAUUGAUUACAACGACCCCAACAACCCGUUCAAUGUCAAGCAUCUGCCGGAGCUCAACCCGCAGGAGUUUAUGCCACGCGAUGUCUCGCUGAGGGAGAAGGCCAUGAUGGAUAUCCUGACGGUGGUGGAAGCGGGGAAGAAUGAGAUCGAGGCGUACCAGAACCACAUGAAGGGCUUGAGGAGCACCUACGUCGAACUGCUGGGGAAGGAGCAGGAGAUGCUGCGACAGGCGGCGUUGAGGCCGGAGGAACGGACUCGGGUUCAAGAUGCACCCAUGAGCUGAUGACUAGACAUACUAUCAUCACCACAUGCUGCCUGCCAUCAGAGUUGCGACAUGGAUACGAGCUCGUGAGGGAGGUUGAGCAGCCGCCGUGAAGCUAGAAUUCGGUCCCAGAUAGUCGCCAAAUGAACAAGGAGCAGAUCAACUACACUUCUACUUCAACCGUGCUUUUACGCAAGGUCAAUUUGGUUGUGAUGAGAU